UUUAGUCCUGAACAGCCACUGUGAGUAUCCUUUCAUGUGUCUGUAUUUUAUGUUUCUUGGCCUGUGCAGAUUCCCCUACCCAAAUCUAUGUGUGUCUUAGGUAAUUGAGCAAAGCUAGAGUCUUUACCUCAGCUGCAUACUUUCUUGGUUGUUUUUCAUUCUGCCCCAUUUCGUCGAACACCUUGCGGGCGGCAGGGCUUAUGAGGAGGUUGCCAAGGGACAGGCACCUGGGGGGCUUCUUCGGGGCGCCGCCGGCGGCCAACAGGACAGGGCCGACCCACGUGGCAGCCGCCGGCAGCAACGCCAACUUCGACACCAACAUGGUCAUCAUACUGGCGGCGCUGCUGUGCGCGCUGAUCUUCGCGCUGGGGCUCAACUCGAUCGUGCGGUGCGCGCUCCGGUGCGGACGGCGGCUGGCGUUCGAGACCCCGGAGGAGGUGGCCGCGCGGCUGGCGGCGACGGGGCUCAAGCGGCGGGCGCUGCGCCGCAUCCCGGUGGCGGUGUACGGCGAGGGGGCGGACAUCCCGCCGGCGACCGAGUGCCCCAUAUGCCUCGGAGAGUUCGCGGACGGCGAGAAGGUCCGCGUGCUGCCCAAGUGCCACCACGGGUUCCACGUCCGGUGCAUCGACAAGUGGCUGGCGUCGCACUCCUCCUGCCCCACCUGCCGGCGUUCGCUGCUGGACCAAGGUGCCGGAGAAGGAGCGGAGGCGGCGGGGGGCCGGGCCGCGUGGCGGAGUGGCGUAGGCGCCGGCGAGUACGGCGAGCUCGCGCUGGCAUAGUACCGGCAGCAAUCGAGCUGCUCGGCGCUCGUUAGUCUGUGGAAUUUGUGAGUGUGGAAUGGAAUUAAUCAUGUAGAUACUGCAGAAUCUACGGUGGAUUUGGAAGAAUAUAUCAAAUUCUGCGUUGGAAAAUUUUGUAGGCGACAGAAAACUUAGGAAGAAGAGGAAAGGUAUCGAAAUGGAAAAUCUUUCUCUUCUCA